AUGCGAAAAUUAACUAAUUCCAAAGAGAAAGAGGAUAAAAAACAUUUAAAAUCAAAAAGCAAUACAAACAAACAGACACAACAUAAAAAACCGGCGAAGAUGAAAGAAGAAUUGACAUCGACAGAAAAAGAACAAACGUCAGACAAGCCCACGAUGGGUUUAGGUGCUGGUUUGCUGGAAAAGGUUAAGGAUAUAGUCUAUAAAUCGGAUCCAUCUGACUUUAAAAAGCCAAAUAAUAAGAAAAAACCCGCAUCCAACAAGCAAUCAGAGAAGCCUUUUGGUAAAAAGCCUGAUUCGAAAGAGAAAAUAUCAUCAUCUUCCAAGACUCCUCCUUCUAAUGAAAAUAAAGGAGACAUACAAAAAAAACCCAACGAAAAAGAAUAUAAAACUGCAAGAUCUAAAAAGCAGAAGGAGAAGACACCAAAACCAAAAACACCAUCUGCAACGACGGAUGAAAAUGCUUUAACGAAACCUAAAAGUUCGAAGGAAAAGCGGUCAAAGAAGAACAAGGAUGAUAAAGAGGCUGUUUCUGAGGAAAAUGAAAGCAAAGAGUCUCAACGGCCAGCUUCCACAAAAAAAAACGACAAGAGCGCGAGACGAAAGCAGGUUUACGAAAAGUACUACACUCGUCAAGAAGUAAUUGAAGGCUUAAAUUCAGGAAAGUUAUUCAAAGGAGUUCUACGUAUUCUUGACAACCAUCGAAGUGCGUUUGUUUGUAUGGAAGAUCGGUCCGAUUUCUACAUUGAUGGCCCUAUUGCUCGGAAUCGUGCUCUGCACAACGAUGUAGUUGUCGUUGAACCAAUUCAAGGUAAGAAGGAAAAUAGCAAUAGUGAUGAACACAACAUGAGCUCUAAUGAGGAUCAGCCUAUGGCGAACGAAGACGGAGACCUAUCCGAAACUGAACAGCAGCUUGAAUCGUUGGAAUUAAAUGAAGAACCUGCACCGAAGGUUGACAAUCCAAAGUCUUGCGCAAAGGUUGUCUCUAUUGAAAAACGAAAUUUAGUAAACACGAUCAUUGGUAUUAUUCGUCCUCCUGGAUGGUCAAUAUCAAACCACGAAAAUGUUUCCACCAAGAGUGAUUUUGCAGUCUUCAUACCGAAAGACAAGCGUAUGCCAUUUAUUACUAUACACAAGAAUGAUUUGGGUGAUCUGAAGGUUCACGAUUGGAUCGAAAACAUUCUAAACCAUAAGUCAACGUUAUUCGCUGCUAGGAUUUUGAGAUGGUCCACUUAUUCACGAUAUCCGAUGGGAGUUUUGAAAGAAGAACUAGGUUCUGUAACGAAUGUAGAAGAUUAUACAAACGCAUUACUCUUAGAAAAUGGGAUUUCCAGUGAGCCUUUUAGCCGUGAAGUACUAGAAUGUUUGCCAGCUGAGGAUUGGAGAAUCACAGAGGAAGAAUUAGCGAAGCGACGAGAUUUUCGAAAUGACAUCGUCAUAACUAUAGAUCCUGAUACAGCUAAAGAUCUGGAUGAUGCUGUUUCCUGUAAAUAUUUGGGUAAUGGGACUUAUGAACUUGGUGUCCAUAUUGCUGAUGUGGGUCAUUUUAUGAAGCCAGAUACUCCUCUUGAUACGGAGGCUGCUUCUCGAGCCACGACCUUCUAUCUUGUGCAAAAGGCAAUCCCCAUGUUACCCUCAUUACUAUGUGAGCGUUUAUGUUCGUUGAAUCCCCAAGUAGAGCGACUUGCAUUUAGUGUUACUUGGAAGAUGAAUAAGGACGGUAAAGAGGUCGGUGAACGCUGGUUUGGUAAAAGUGUCAUUAAGACGUGUUCCCGGCUUGCUUAUGGCGAGGCACAAAACAUCAUAGAGGGAAAGUCUUGGGCCGAAGGUGUUGGCAAACCUAUAGGAGGAAACCAUUCUGCGAAAGAUGUGGAGGAAAUUAUAAUGGUGCUUUGCGAAAUCUCAAGAAAGUUGCGGGCACAAAGAUUCGCAAAAGGAGCUGUGGAAAUUAAUUCUACAGAACUAAAAUUUCAGUUGAAUGAAUAUGGAUUGCCAGACAUGUGUGAAGUAUAUGAGCAAAAAGAAGCGAAUCACUUGAUUGAAGAGUUCAUGUUACUCGCGAAUCGGUCAGUUGCAGAAAAGAUAAGUAAUUCAUUUCCUGCGAACGCUUUGUUACGUCGACACGCAAGUCCUAAAGAAAAACAAAUUAAUGAUUUUUGCAAGUUUAUGGAAGGAUUGAAGUUUAACUUUGAUGCUUCCUCUUCCUCUUCCUUUAAUGACUCAAUGAAUCGAUUAAGAAGUUUCUUCAAUCCUGACUUGGUGGAGCUUUUCGAGAAUAUGGCUGUACGUUCUCUUAAUCGUGCUGAAUACUUUUGUACGGGUGAUUUUCCUGAGCGCAGUGAUUGGCAUCAUUACGCACUUUCUUUUAACCAUUAUACACACUUCACUUCACCCAUCCGAAGAUAUCCGGAUGUGAUUGUCCAUCGUUUGUUAGAAAACGCAUUAAAGCAAAAGUCACCUAAUUUGUCCAAGAAGGUGUGUUCAAAGCAUGCGGAGCAUAGCAACGAACAACGCGAUAAAGCAAACACUGUUCAAGAGGAUAGUCAGCAACUGUUCUUAUCUGUAUUCAUUUCGGAGUAUUGUAAAAAACAUGGUGUAUCUUCCAUGCCUGUUACGGCUUUUGCGACAAGAAUUCAAGAUCGUUCAAUUGACGUUUAUGUCUCUCAAUACGGAAUUUCUAAUCGAGUAGAACUACAAAACGGAAACAAUAUAAAGAGCUAUAGGAUAUUACCGGAUGACACAGCUGUAAUCAUUAAGAAGCAAGACGACUCGGAGACAAAGAUUUCUUUGACAGAUAAGUUUCAGGUGUACAUGUAUUCUGAUUACAGUCGUACCUUUUUUUCAGUCCGCUGUUCGUUAUUUCCGAAAACGUAA